AUGGCAGCGUCUCCAGCCUCCCAGGUGCUGCGGUUGUACCGCGCCCUGCUGCGGGAGAGCCAGCGCUUCAGCGGCUACAACUACAGAACGUAUGCCAUCAGAAGGAUAAGAGAUGCCUUCAGAGAAAACAAGAAUAUAAAGGAUUCUGAAAAAGUAGAAGAACUAGUGAACAAAGCCAAAGCAAACCUAGAGGUUAUUCGUCGGCAGGUUACUAUUGGCCAACUGUACUCCACGCAGAAAUUGGUUAUUGAGAGUCCAGGAAACACAUAGCUAUGAGAAGCCUCUGAUCCUGAAGCAACACUGGACCAUCUUCAGCAUCCUACAGUGCCACAUACAGAAGCAUAAAUUCACUGCACACAUCUGAGCUUUUCUGUUCGGCAGAAGAAAUGCCUGAGAGACUCAGUUUUUGGCAACCAAAGUACUAUUUUCUAGUGGUUCACACGUUCUAAGAUAUAUGACUGUGAUUUAAAAUAGCAUGUAAGAUAGUCUUGAAAUGUGUUUGCUUGUAUGUUCCAUGUGAUGGAAUAGUUCCUGCCCUACUUUGACAAUAAAACUUCAUUAAACUACCUGUAACCAGAUACGUUA